UCAGGGUGGAGUUUUUCCUGCUUGUUUGGUGCGCGAGUGUUUGUUAAAGAAGGAAUGCGGUGGCUCUGCUGCGUUUAGGUCAAAUUUUCGACAAAAAUCGCCAGAAUGGUCAACGGCAGAUUGACGCUGGCCGUGCUGGCCUUCUUGCUAGUCCACGCGGAUUUGGCGUCCAGUCUAUCGUGCAACAUUCCAAUUGUAAUGCGAGGGAUGUGGUUCUCUUGGGAGAAUGGCCAGAACACCUUGACCGAAAUCAACGCCAACAGGGUGAGCAACAAGGGCGAAUGCGUGGACAUCAGAGAAGAGUACCACGUCAACAUAACAAUGGUCCUGCACGACAGACCAAACAACUGCUACACCUGCGUCAAAUUCAUGGUCAGGACUGUCAACGUCCUAGAAAAAAUCGAAACCGCAUGCCAGACUCUGCCUCGAGACGCCAAGCCCACAGUAGAAAGGAUUUGCCGUAGCCUGAACCUUGACCAGCAGCUGAAGACUCUGUUCUUGGAGAACCACGUUCCAGUCAACUGCAGGUCCAGCUUGGAAGGCGUGUGGCAGUUUGCCUACCAGAACAGAUUCCGUUUCACGGGCGAGUGCAAUAACCCCAAUGCUCUGGUCAAGUCAUGCCAGGUGGCUGGAACUCAGUUCUUGAUCACCAACCAGAAGUUCAACAUCACCUACAAGCGCUGCGAGGGCAUGGAAGGCACUUUCGACGGCUUGGUUGAAUACAGUUGUCUUGGCUCCUGGUUUGUGGAAAAAAACCACUUCUUCGCUGUGGCCAACACGAAAGAGUCUCGAAAAGAUGAAAAGUACCGCUGCUUCUUGAAAAAUCGAGACGACGACCUGUACAUUGGUGUGUCAAUCACGGCAGAGUGCAACACGCUGAAAACUCCAGAGCAGAGCCCUGAACGUUUGCGUAUCACGCCCGUGAAGGCAGAGGUGGUGCAGCCAGGCUGUCGACUGCCCCAAAACUUCAGCGGCGACUGGAUCAACACUGCCAACUUGGAUGCUGACGUGUUUAUAAACGAAACGCACAUCAUUGAGACCUGGUACCCUGACGAAGGUCGCUACAGGCAGACUGUGUACGUCUGCAGAGAACAGCGGGGCAACAGAUACAUGAUGGCCAGACUCACUGUUGAUGGAUGCCAAAAGGACUACAUUUGCUUUGACUUUGUGCCUCGCCACCACAGCAUCAUCAGAUACCGCAAAGGCCUUGCUGUGAUUUUGGAUAAUUUCCACACGGUUUGCUCGUGGGUGCAGUUCCCAAACAAGGAUUCUUGGAAGUACAACACCUUGUUGGCCAAGAAUCCUGUGCCUGUGCGAUGCCCCAUUGCGGGCAAGUACAACUUCACACAAAGGGGUGAUGUGCCUUUCGAGACGAGGAUCCUUGGAGGCGUCACACUCUCGCCUAGACCAAACCUCUACUGCAAAGAGAACAUCUCAGACUUUUCUGUGUGUGACACUGACCAGAAGGAGAUUUUCAUUGACGAAACAUACUGCUUGAGCGUGGACCACUUGGGCCGCCCUGUCGACAUAUACAGUGACCCUGAUUACAAAAUGAAGUGCAUAGGUUUUUGGAAGGAAAACCUCAAGUCUUACCUCAUCACAUAUGACGAGCUGGACGCUUUCAGCAAGUACAGGUGCUGGGUUUACCAGCGAGCUGACCUCAACAGAGUCAUCAUGUCACAAGCCUUGGGCGCCUUUUGCGACCUGAGUCAGGAUGUUGACUCGUGGAAUUACACUGAGGGGGCCACAGUGUCGAUAGAAAUGCAGGAGUAUGAGAGAGAAAGGGAUCAGUGUCCGAUGCACUUUGACGAUGGUGCCAAUCCCUGGAUGGAAAACGAGAACCACAUCAAAAUCUUCAGGUUUGGCUCGGCAGCUAACUCUGUCUGCUUGGCGCAGGGUAUGUCUCUUUUGCUUCUCUCGCUAGUUUUUUUGAGGUAACAAACUACGCAGAAUCGUCUAGAAAUGAACAUUCCGUCCUGAUAAAGUGCUUAUUGUAAGAUUUAAUGCUUUUGUAAAAAGUGUUUGACAGCGAAACUGGUCUUUUACCAGAGAAAAAUGAUCCGUCCUUGAGCUGAAAUUUUAAACAUCGAAUCUCGUUUGUUUUUAUUUACAAUUACACUGUUGAAAUGUAUCUACACUCAAUAAAUGUAUGUAAUAUUUUUAACGAAAGAAA